GCGUACCGCCCUCGCGGCCCGCGGCGGGUCAUCUUCGGCCCCAAGCCCAAGGACUGGUCCAUCAAGAUCAACCGCAAGGAGAAGCGCCUCUCCAUCUCCACCGCCAUCGCCAGCGCCGCCGCCUCCGAGGACGCGUUCGUGGUGGAGGAGUUCGAGGAGGCGUUCGAGGAGGGCCCCAGGACCAAGGAGUUCAUAGCUGCGAUGAGGAGGUGGGGGCUGGAUCCCAAGGAUAAAGCCACCUUCUUUGUGACGGAGGUCUCGGAUAAUGUGAUGCUGAGCUGCAGGAACAUCGGAACGCUGAAGAUGCUGACGCCCAGGACCCUGAACCUGUUUGAUGUUCUGGAUGCUGACAAGCUGGUGUUCACCAAGUCGGCGGUGGAGUACCUGAAUGCUAUGUAUGGAGAGGACGCUGACGAUUUCGAGGACACCGAAGAGGGAGAUGAAGAAGGUGAAGACGAGGAAAGUUCCUAGGUGCUGGAAAUGGACAUCCUUCCUCAUCCUGUAGAUCAAGACCUCCGGCCUCAAUGGAGGUACCUUUUUUGUAUUCAAUUUAAGCUUUAUCUGGAGAAUGUUUGUAUUAGGGAGCUGAGAUUCGAAACAAUCUGAAGCGGCAGGAUGCAGCGAGCUAUAUAGCAAUGUAAGAUGCUGUUCUAAUAGUAAUCAGAGAGAAAUAUGCUAGCUGGAGACAGUUGCACAGUGGAAACAAGUUGUAAAAUGAGUUUAACGUAUGAAUCAGGAGCUCUAUUGCAUCGCAUGAGUUUGAGUUUUUCGCAUGCUUCUUAA